CCUCAGAACAGCUCCGGCCGCUGUGCCGCCUGGCUCUCGUUUUCCUUGUUCUCCGCGGGCUGUGGGGGGCUCCGCGCCGCGGCCGUUAGUCAUGUCGGAUUCUGGAAGUUACGGUCAGUCUGGGGGUGAGCAACAAAGUUAUUCUUCCUAUGGAAAUCAAGGCAACCAAAGCUAUGGGCAAGCACCACAAAGCUAUUCUGGCUAUGGGCAAACAACUGAUUCUUCAUACGGACAGAACUAUAGCGGUUACUCCAGUUAUGGACAGAACCAAUCAGGUUAUUCACAGUCCUACAGUGGUUAUGAGAAUCAAAAGCAGAGCUCAUAUGGCCAGCAAUCGUACAAUAACCAAGGACAGCAAAGCACGGAAUCAUCAUCAGGCCAAGGUGGAAGAGCGCCUUCAUAUGGUCAAUCUGACUAUAGCCAACAUGAUUCUUAUAACCAGCAGUCAGGCUAUAAUCAGCAUCAAGGCUCAUAUGAUGAGCAGUCAAAUUAUCAGCAACAUGAUUCCUAUAAUCAAAACCAGCAGUCCUAUCAUUCACAAAGGGAAAACUAUAGUCACCACACACAAGAUGACCGUCGUGAUGUGAGUAGGUAUGGAGAAGAUAAUAGAGGAUAUGGCGGGUCACAGGGAGGAGGUAGAGGGCGUGGGGGAUAUGACAAGGAUGGAAGAGGUCCUAUGACAGGAUCAAGUGGUGGUGACCGCGGUGGCUUCAAAAAUUUUGGUGGUCACAGGGAUUAUGGACCCAGACCAGAUGCUGAUUCAGAGUCUGACAAUUCAGAUAAUAACACAAUCUUUGUGCAAGGACUUGGUGAGGGUGUGUCUACAGAUCAAGUAGGAGAAUUCUUUAAGCAAAUAGGAAUUAUCAAGACAAAUAAGAAGACUGGAAAACCAAUGAUAAAUCUUUACACAGACAAAGACACAGGAAAGCCAAAAGGAGAGGCAACAGUAUCGUUUGAUGACCCCCCAUCAGCUAAGGCAGCUAUUGACUGGUUUGAUGGCCGUGGGGGAUAUAGAGGUCGUGGAGGCUUUCAGGGGAGAGGCGGAGACCCCAAAAAUGGAGACUGGGUUUGUCCUAAUCCAUCAUGUGGAAAUAUGAACUUUGCUCGAAGAAAUUCCUGCAAUCAGUGCAACGAGCCCAGACCAGAAGAUUCUCGUCCCUCAGGAGGAGAUUUCCGGGGGAGAGGCUACGGUGGAGAAAGGGGUUACAGAGGUCGUGGGGGAAGAGGUGGAGAACGAGGUGGCUACGGUGGAGACAGAAGUGGCGGUGGUGGCUAUGGUGCAGAUAGAAGUGGAGGUGGUUAUGGUGGAGACAGAAGUGGGGGUGGCUAUGGUGGGGACAGAGGAGGUGGCUAUGGUGGAGACCGAGGAGGUGGCUACGGUGGAGACCGAGGAGGAGGCUAUGGUGGAGACCGAGGAGGAGGCUAUGGUGGAGAUCGAGGAGGCUAUGGUGGAGAUCGAGGGGGUAGCUAUGGUGGAGACAGAGGAGGCUACGGAGGAGACAGAGGAGGCUAUGGAGGAGACCGAAGUCGGGGGGGCUAUGGAGGAGACCGUGGUGGUGGUGGUGGAGGAGGAGGAGGCUAUGGAGGAGACCGAGGUAGUGGCUACGGAGGAGACCGAGGUGGCUAUGGAGGAGACCGAGGUGGCUAUGGAGGCAAAAUGGGAGGAAGGAAUGACUACAGAAAUGAUCAGCGCAACCGACCAUACUGAUGACUAUUUUGAAUUUGUCUCUGACAUGAUUCAUAGUGAAAUUGCCAGAGUUUGGCCUGCUGCUUUCCUCAUGGCCUCUUCUUGAGUAGUGAAAUUAAAUGACAUUUGGAUUCUUAUGGGGGGGGGGGGAGGUGGCGUCUGGGACAGUUUUUCUUUUAGGAAUGUCUGUUGAAAUUUCCCUUUUUAGUUUCCAACCUUUUCCUUCCCAACCUUUGAAGCUAAGUGCGUUGUAAAAUAUUGCCAAAAUGGAAAGUGUUUUGUAAUACUGCAAUAAAGGCUGCUUGUUUUUUGUGGA